ACUAUGUUCGAUCACGUAUUCUAGAUUAUACGGACACAAAAUUCAUACAUACCAGGCUACUUACUCUCAUCCAAUCCUCUUCUGGGGCGUAUGUGCCGACCUGUUAUCACGAAAACACCACGAAUCACACACCCUUGCCUGAGCUGCAUUAGGUAGACCGAGGCAAAACCUGGCAAUCGGUUGUAUAAAACCAUCCGACCCUCCCCCGGGGCGGUUAUCAAGGCCCCAACGACCUUGCAUUGAAGUUGUAACCAUAUAUCGCCACUGCUCCCAGACUCCUCUUUCUCCUUCAAGGAGUCCUAGUCCUUGUACACCCGCCGCCUCCAUCGCCAGUAUUCCAUUAUGGCGAGCAACAAUUUUGACGUCAUCAUCAUUGGUGCAGGUAUCAGCGGUGUCAAUGCUGCCUACCGCCUCCAGGAGAGUCUUCCAGACUACUCCUACGCGGUCCUUGAGGGACGCGCGGAGAUGGGAGGAACCUGGUCGCUUUUCAAGUAUCCAGGUAUCCGAUCAGACAGUGACCUUCACACUUUCGGCUUCCCUUGGGACCCAUGGAAGGAAGACCGCGCCAUUGCAGACGCUCCAUCAAUCUUGAAAUAUGUCAAGACCACGGCUGAGCGCCACGGUAUUGACAAGCAUGUCAAAUAUCAACAUAUGGUCGAAUCCAUGAACUGGUCCUCUGAGAAACAACAUUGGCAACUUCAGGUCAACGUCGAAGGCGCCGAGACGCGGACCUACUAUGCCCGCCACAUUAUGAUAGGAACUGGCUAUUAUGACUACAAUCGAGGCCUCCCAGCUCGGAUCCCUGGUAUUGAGAAUUUCAAGGGCACCGUCGUUCAUCCUCAAUUCUGGCCCGAAGACCUUGAUUACGCCAACAAGAAGGUCGUCAUUGUCGGCUCUGGUGCCACCGCUGUCACACUGCUGCCCAGUAUGAGCGAAAAAGCGGAGUCAGUCACCAUGCUCCAAAGGAGUCCUGGUUACUUCCUCAUUGUUCCUCUCACCUUUCCUAUCGACAAAGUGUUAAAAGCCAUUUUGCCAGAGAAAUGGGCUUACCAGCUUAUUCGAUGGCGAUUCAUGUUGCUGUCUCUUUUCUUCUUCCAUUUCUGUCGACUCUUCCCAGAGCGAGGCAUCAAAGCUUUGCGCAAGACCACAGAGAAGGAAUUGCCCCCGACUAUCCAAUUCGAUAAGCACUUUGUUCCGAAGUACAAUCCGUGGGAGCAAAGGAUGUGCAUAACCCCAGGAGGUGAUUUCUUCGCCGCUCUUCGGUCUGGCAAAGGCAAUGUGGUCACUGACAUCAUUGAGACUGUGACUGCUGGUGGCAUUCAGCUGAAGUCUGGGCAAUAUCUCGACGCUGACAUCAUCGUCACAGCAACUGGUCUCAAGAUGCAAAUUUUUGGUGGUAUCAAAGUGAAUGUCGACGGUGAACCCUUCAAUCCAGGCAAGAAAUUCAUUUGGCGUGGUGCUCUGCUCCAAGAUCUGCCCAAUUUCACUUAUGUCUUCGGCUAUACGAACGCUAGCUGGACUCUUGGGGCUGAUGCGACAGCGCUCCUGUGGGUGCGACUGUUGAAGCAAAUGAAGAAAAAGAGUAUGACUAGCGUGGUGGCUAGACUCGACGAGAAGGAAGGUGUCGUGGAAGUGCCCCUGUUGAAUCUGAGCAGUACUUACAUCAAAAGCGCAGCGGAGGAGGGCGCACUUCCCAAAGCUGGCGAUCGAGGUCCCUGGACGCCGAGAAGUGCAUAUCUCUGGGAUUUCUGGCAUGCCAAAUUUGGUGAUAUCGCAACCGGGUUGCAGUUCUAUCGGGUCUCGAGUUAGAUGCUUGAGGCUAUUGAGACGGGAAUGCCCUGAAGGGCGUAGCGGAGCGGCACUUGAGGAUUGCGUAUAUGUAUAUGGUCGGGUUAAAGCGCUUCUUGUGGUGUAAUAUAGGAAUAAAUGUCGCUGUCUGAAACGUAUAUGAACGUCUAAGGAGAUAUCUUGUGCAUGGUUCAACAAAAACUGCGUCCAGGUCAGAAGUAAGACGUUGCUCAUGAGUGACAUAUCUAGGUACUCG